UAAUAAUACAUAUUCAGGUGUCGUGAGACGGUGAGUUGAAUUCACUGACCUUUCCAAGAUAUGGCUACAUCUAACAGUCCUCGGCAUAAAGGUGAUGUAUCGACGUGUUCAGUUUGCUUUGAACGGUUCAAAAAUCCGCGUUAUUUGCCAUGCUUACAUUCUUUUUGUCAUUCCUGCCUGGAGUCUUACAUAAUUUCUUCCUGCAUAUCAAAGAACGCCCCGGUAGGAUUCCGUUGUCCAUUAUGUAGAGAAUUUGUCGCUGCCCCUGGAACAUUUAGCUCACCAGAGAAAUGGGCCAAACAAUUACCACUCAAUGAAUCUCUGAUAAAAUAUCUAAAAAAUGAUAAUAUUGUGGAAGAUCAGAGUAUAUGCGAGGCAUGCAAUAGGGUCCAGGAAGAUCAACCUGCGUCUUAUUGGUGUAAGACUUGUAUGGAGUUUUUAUGCGAUAUGUGUACAAAAUAUCACAGGAAAAACAUGAUGACACAAGAACACAGACUGGCUCCGCUUAAUGAAGUCAGGUCUUCAGGGUCCGCAAUGAUAGCCGAAAAUGUCUGUGUGAAACAUAAAGGGGAGAUAAUGAUGUACUGUUUUGACCACCAGGAGGCGUGCUGCACCACUUGCGUCAGUUUCGAACAUAGAAAAUGUCAAAAAGUGGAAUCUAUUGAUAAAUGCCUAACCGCACUACAAGAGGACGGUGCAAUCGAGAAAUUGAUAACAGAAAUCGACCGACUUUCUCUAAAGCUCGAAAGCAUCGCCAAAGAAGAAGAAAAUAAUAUCUCUCAGAUUGACCUACAAACCCAAAGAAUAACGAAGACUAUCGAAGAAAUACAGCAAGAAAUUGUAGAUCAUCUGGAGGUACUGAAAAACACCCACACAAGAGAGCUUUCAAAGAUUACCAAAGAGAGAAAGGAUAAGCUGAAUUCUUCCCUGGACUCCAUAAUGGAAAAGAAACUCUACAUGGAACAUUGUAAACAAGUGAUCUCUCGGGUCAAGGACAACGGAUCAGAUUUGACUUACGUCACUAAAUUUUAUGAAGUGAAGCGUAAAAUUGAUGAGAUCAAAAAGACAAAUAUCAACAAGAUAUCAUUUGAUAUACAAGAAAAAAUUUCACCGAAAGUGAAGGAAAUGAAAUCUAUUUCAAAACUCUCAGAACUCUCCGUAUUCCAGAAAUCGUGCUCUAUGGAAUUCGGUUUUGACGUCACAACAGCAGAGAUGACUUUAGAGGCAGAGUUUACGGUGGACAACGGGUGGAUAUACGGAGGAAGUUUCCUACCAAGUGGAGGAAUACUACUGGCGGAUUAUCCUAAUUUCCGCUUCAUUUAUCUGGACUGCGUUGGCAAGAACAUACUUCAAGGAAAAUUAGUUGGGCCAAAACCAAGAGAUAUUAUAAUUCAGGGUUCCGAUAUCUUGAUUGCACUUGAAGGGCUGAACGCGCUACAGAAAGUUUCCGUUGGAAAAUUCAGUUUGGGUUCAACUAUACCAACUGGUGAGGCAUGCUUGGGAGUUGCGAAAUUCCACGAACAUAUAUACGUAACACGGCCAACGUCUAUUAUCAAAUUGGACAAGCAAGGAAAUAUCCUUAAGACCUACCCAACCCGGAAGUGGACCUAUUCUGUUACAGUAACGGAAAUGGGAAACAUCAUCCACUGCCAUUAUGGUGGUAAUUCCGUGACAGCCAUGAGAGAUGAUGGAAACACGUUAUGGGUGUAUAAACACCCUCAGCUGAUAGGUCCCGUCUGUGUGUCGGUGGAUUUCCUGGAUGAUAUUUACGUGGCCGGGGAACAAUCCAACAACAUCCAUAUUCUAUCCCCCAAAGGGAGGGUACUCCGGAUUAUACCCGACAUCCCUAAACCGUUUUGUAUCAAGUUUAAGGAGGGGAGCCUGGCUUUCUUUGUGGUCACCAAUGGUAACUGUGUGAAAGUUUACGAAUUUAAAAGUAAAUGAUGUAUCGAGGACCAUCUUAAAUGUAAACAGCAUAC